UCUCAUGGAAGUCUCGAUUGAUAUAUCUCAUCCUAUUCACUUGGCAAACAACUCGCGCAAUCGGAGACCAAACAUUAUGUCACACUGUAACUCACGGCCAUUGCAGCGACGGAGUUAAUUCUACCCCAUCGAGAAGAUACAAGAGUGUUACGAAGAAAAUGGCUCUCUUCUCGAGGUAUGGACAAGGUAUGAAUGCGCUCCGUAAACAAGCAAAGCAUAAAAGACAUGUUGGGUGCUACAGGACCGGUGAUCAGCCUUCUCAACAACGCCCAGCAAGCAAUACCACCAGCCUCCCUUCACCACGAUUCUCGCCACUAUGUCGCUAUCCGUCUCAACAACCACAACAACCAUAGCACAGGAGCCCAAGCCUCGUGUCAUCCUGGGUCUGAUGAACUUCGGCCCUGACCCCAACGCCGGAGGCCGCAUCACCACUCUUGAUGAAUUUAACCGAUGCCUCGACCACUUCCAGGAGCGCGGCUACAACGAAGUCGACACCGCUCGCUUAUAUAUGGAAGGUAAACAAGAAGAAUUCACGGCCGCAGCGCAAUGGAAGAAGCGAGGUCUCGUGCUCGCCACCAAAGUGUACCCUGUUCAUCCCGGGUUCCACGGCUCCCAAGUCCUCAGGACAAAGGUGUCGGAUUCCCUACAAGCACUCCAGACGGACCAUGUGGACAUUUUCUACCUCCAUGCCGCGGACCGCUCAGUCCCUUUCGCAGAAACGCUGGAGACGGUAAAUGAAUUAUACCAACGCGGCAAGUUCGAACGCUUGGGCCUCAGCAACUACACGGCCUUCGAAGUGGCGGAGAUCGUGACCAUGUGCAAUGAGCGCGGCUGGGUGCGUCCGACUAUAUAUCAGGCAGUGUACAACGCAAUCACACGCUCCAUCGAAGACGAACUCAUCCCCUGUUGUCGACGAUACGGUAUGGAAAUCGUCGUCUAUAAUCCCCUCGCGGGAGGCAUGCUGUCUGGAAAAUACACCACGGCAGCUUCGAUCCCCACAGAAGGACGAUUCAGUGAUAAGAACACCAGGGCAGCUGUGUAUCGAGAAAAAUACUUCAAAGACACAACUUUCGAGGCUCUCAAGGACAUCGAGUCGGUGUUGAAAAGGCGCAACCUGACUUUCGUCGAGACCGCUCUGCGGUGGCUACGUCACCACUCCGCCUUGAGGAUGAAGGACGAUGGAAAUGAUGGCAUUCUGAUCGGGGUGAGCAGCUUUUCUCAGCUGGAAAGCAAUCUGAAUGAUCUGGAAAAGGGCCCUCUGCCAGACGAGGUCGUCCAGGCUCUGGACGGCGCCUGGAUGAACGUGAAGGCAACCGCGGGCAACUACUGGCACUUGGAUUUGAAGUAUUCUUAUGACACUGUGGCGGCUCUUUUUGGCAAAGGAGCAGAGCGGGGGGAAUAAUAGUAGAGCUUUUCGUAUGUCAUCUCUUCACGCUUUGCUGUUGUUCCGGGUGAAGUAUUUCAAGACAAGCUGCUCCGUGGUUGCAGGAUACCACUAUAUUCAGCGGCGAAUCCUUACCUCUCCAAAGCCCAUUUCCAUUUCGAGACCUGAGCAUCCCGCCAGUUGACCUGAGCAAUGACUAGCCAUCCUUAGU